AUGGAGGCGGAUUUCGCCGCCUUCGGGAGCCCGCUUUGCGGCGAGGUCAAGCGCUUCUGCCGGCGGGUGCGGGAGACCUACCGGGAGAUCCAGGAGGACCUGACGCCCUACAAGGAUGAUCGCUACUACCGGCUGGCCCCGAUGCGAUUGUAUACACUGUCCAAAAGGCAUUUUGUUCUAGUCUUUGUAGUAUUCUUUAUUUGUUUUGGUCUGACAGUCUUCAUAGGAAUAGCAGGUCCUAAUGUAAUUGAAACUUCUGUAGCAAGAACUGACUUAAAUAACAGCCUAAAGCUGAAGCCAUUUAAUUUAAGUUCACCACCACUGUCAACUUACAACCAGCAGCUGUGGCUGACCUGUGUGGUUGAGCUGGAUCAGCAUGAUGUGUUCCUCAAUAAGAAUGUGACUAUGACAGUCAAAAUCCUGGGAGUGGUGAAGGAUGCAAGCACGCCAUACAUUAACAAUCAAGUUCACAAGCGGACGAGAUUACUCAGUUGUGCACAAGUUAUUCUCUGUGUGUGUUCACAGAAAUGCAGUGAAAUCAUUGUUGCUCACCUGGGCUACCUGAACUACACUCAGUACAACAUAUUUGUUAGUUUUGAAGAUCUAAACAAGUUAGCAUACACCAUCCAGAAUAUUACUUUCACAUGGAAGACCUAUAAUCCAACCUUUUCACAAGUGGAAAUAUGGUUCCGAUUUGUCUUUGUAGUUCUUACUUUUAUGGUCACGUGUCUGUUUGCACAUUCCCUGCGGAAAUUCUCCAUGAGAGACUGGGGUAUUGAACAGAAAUGGAUGUCCAUCCUACUUCCUCUCUUGCUACUUUACAAUGAUCCAUUUUUUCCCCUUUCUUUUCUGGUGAACAGCUGGUUUCCUGGAAUGCUGGAUGAUCUGUUCCAGUCACUGUUUUUGUGUGCAUUGUUGUUGUUCUGGCUUUGUGUCUACCAUGGUAUAAGAGUACAGGGGGAAAGAAAGUGCUUAACUUUCUAUCUGCCCAAAUUCUUUAUUGUUGGACUGUUGUGGCUGGCCUCUGUUACACUGGGAAUAUGGCAAACAGUGAAUGAAGUACAUGACCCGACAUAUCAAUACAGGGUUGACACAGGCAACUUCCAGGGAAUGAAAAUCUUCUUCCUUGUGGUGGCAACCAUGUACAUUCUCUACCUUUUGUUCCUGAUAGUGAGGGCAUGCUCAGAACUUCGAAACAUGCCUUAUGUUGAUCUCAGGUUAAAAUUCUUGACUGCAUUAACCUUUGUAGUGCUUGUCAUUAGCAUUGUUAUACUCUACCUACGCUUUGGAGCACAAGUUCUACAGGACAACUUUGUUGCUGAGCUGUCAACUCAUUAUCAGAACUCAGCAGAAUUCUUAUCAUUUUAUGGGUUACUGAACUUUUAUCUCUACACAUUAGCCUUCGUGUACUCCCCCUCGAAGAAUGCACUGUAUGAAUCACAGUUGAAAGACAAUCCUGCUUUUUCUAUGCUGAAUGAUUCAGAUGAUGAUGUGAUUUAUGGGAGUGACUAUGAAGAGAUGCCCCUUCAGAACGGCCAAGCUAUUAGAGCCAAGUAUAAAGAAGAGUCAGACAGUGAUUGA